GGAAUCACUCGGAGCAGGUCCGCGUGGGCUGUGCCCUGAGCGACCAGACCCCUGUGGACCUGUGUUUCCAAUUCGCCUUCGACGGGCAGGACUUCAUCAGCUUCGACAACCAGAUGGGCACGUGGGUGGCGGCCGUGCCCGUGGCCUUGCUGCAGAAGCAGCUCUGGGAGACACACGGCUUCCACACGGAGCAGGUCCACGUGGGCUGUGCCCUGAGCGACCAGACCCCCGUGGACCCGCACUACCAAUACGCCUACGACGGGCAGGACUUCAUCAGCUUCGAUCCCCAGACGGGGACGUGGGUGGCGGCCGUGCAGCCGGCCUUCAUCCAGAAGCAGAUCUGGGAGACGCAGAGGAGCUGGACCCUGUACAUCCAGCGGUUCCUGGCGGAGGAGUGCCUGGGGAUCUUGCAGAACCUGGUGCAAUGGGGGAAGAAGAUCGUGGACCAUCAGGGUGAGUGAGAAGUGGGGGUCUGUCUUGGGGACAGGUAACACCCCAAGACACCGAGUGCCACACCCUCUGCAUGCAACCUCUUCGAACCCCUACACAUCCCCCACUCUGUCACAUCAGUCAUUACUAACCAAUCCUAACAAAAUUCUCUAACCAAUCCGAGCCCACCAAAGUUUGAUUUACACCCAUCAACAUUAAUUAUAGAAAGACAGAAACAAUCAAAGAACCCGAAAGCUAUCACAGAACCCUGGAAUACUAGAACUGGGAGGGACCAAGUCCAGUCCCCUGCCCUCAUGGCAGAACCCAGCACCA